CUUAGCCCUGCGUUUUCCUGUGUUUUGAUCCCCCUGUUUCCCUCUCGGUGCUCGUGUUGCGACUGAGAGUUUUCGCUCGGUUGGAGUGUGGUGCGCUGGGCGCCUGUCUGCGACACAACGUGUGGCCUGGAGACCCCUGCGCCCCAGUGAAGUUCGGCAUUUGAUUCAAGACAGCACACCCGUGUACAUAGCGUCACCUCCCCUACCGAAGGGGUGCCCCUUUGCCCCCUUGACCUGCAACUGCAGCCGACAGACCGAACCGGAAGCCACAGCGGUCAACCGCACUCGUGUGCGUGACUGGCAGCAUGGACGUGCCCAGUGGCAUGCCCGAUGAGGACCUCAAGGCCAAGCUCACUCAGGUGACCAAUUUGAGCAAGUUUCGCGCAAGUCGAUCCCGUGCGAGCGAGGGCGAAAGUUUGUUCCGUCCUGUGCUUGUCAGUUGGGCAUCACUGAGAGGGAUUGGAUGGACGCCACCCUCGAGCAGAAGCUGACAACGCUGGAUUUGGUGGCGAAAUUCAAACAACGUCUGGAGCCACCUGCACCCACCGGUGCCGCUGGUACGGACGUAGCUAGGAAACACUGCACACGCGACACGCACACGUGCACCUGGAUGUGCGCUCACGCACGAGGGAGGGACGGGGAGUGAGGAAUCUGUGAGUUGCGUCGGAGUGCGAGUGCUUGGCUAGCCUAGCCAGGAGUGUGUGUGUGCCAUUGCUGUGUAGCAAUGGGGUCGUGGCCAGUGCAGGUGUGCGUGCGGGUGUGAAUGCUCUCCCUCUCUGCUGUGUGUGCCUUGCAGGCCCGUCCGCACCUCCGUUGACUGAGAUGGGCGGCAUGGCAGGUGAGGCGGACGCCCGAGCACCCACAACCACACACACACACACACACGUGAUUGUGCGUGUCUCAUGCCCGUGUGUGUGUGCAGGAGACCUGCCUGCGCCAGGGUCGUUGGGGAAGCGUGACGAGGACACUCUGUCGAUCCAGGAGGCCAGCAAGGUGGCCCUCUCACUGCUGGCCAAACUCAAGGACCACAUCACUGAGAAGGUACGGCUCCUGCUGGGCGAGUGUGUGAUCCGGGGUCACUGAUGUGUGUGUGUGUUGUGUGCAGGUGCGUCAGGCCAAGCAGGUGGCCGAGGACCCCAGCUCGAUACAAGACGUUCCUACACUCGAGGCACUCGGUAGGCGCAGAAAAGCCAUACCACACAGGGAGGAUGUGUUGAUUGACACGUGUGUGUGUGUGUGUGUGUGCAGGUGUGACGUGGGACCGGUCUGACUGCGCCUUCAAGGCAUCCAUGUUCAAAGGACGCAAGAAGGUCAGUCAGUCAGUCCCUCACACACUCACAACUUGCUUAUGAGGAUGGAUCCACAUGUGUGGUGGUUGCAGAUUCAGUGUGCAAGCAAGGCGUACCCGCGCUACCUCAACCCCGACUGCAUCUUCGCCGCGCUCAAGCUAGCACUCCACAUGAAGUGCAACCUCGCCGACGAGUAAGCGACCGACCCCACCCCACACUACAUCAAUGUUGACCUGUGUGUGUGUGUGUGUCAUGUGUGGUGUGUCUGUCAGGUUGGGUGUGUGUACGUUUCUGCACGUCAAUGACAUCGAUGCGAUGCUGGAACCCAUGACACUCGGCAUGACGCAGCAGACGGGAGCCGGUACGCAACACACACACACACACACACGCUCACACACACACACCUCAAUGCCUCCCCUCCUCGUGUGUUUGUGUGUGUGUGUGCUUAGGUGACCUGGUUGGCGACUCGUUCAGCAUGGCCAGCAGCCGGCCGGCCGCGGGCGACAAAUCCCCAUUGCCGGUAAGGGCUUGAACACCAUCGCACCGCAAGGCACCCACCAUCCAUUCAUCUACUGCUUCCACACGUUGUGUGUUCAUCUGUGUCGUGUAUCAGAAGUUGGUCAUCGAGGAUGUGAAUCAGGAGUUGACGGGCCAGGACGCCCACCGUGUGGCCCACACACUCCUCACCAUACUCAGACGCAUCAAGGCCGCACAAGACGCUCUCACACCCACCGUAUGCCAUACAACACAACACACCUUCCCCCCUCUCCCCCACCACACAAGUGUCCCUGGCGGCUGUGUGUGUGUGGGCAGGUUGUUGGUGGUGUGGUGGGCAAGAAGUUGGAGCCGGUGGGCAUAGCGUGGUACCCGCAGCACCUGGCCUUCGUCCCGCAGUUCCUCACCGUCCAGCGGGAGAUGCACUACAAACACCCCAUCAAACCGCACGAUCUCAGCGUUGCCGGUAAUUGCUCACACACACUCAUUCAUUCGCAAUGGUGACACAUGUGUGUGCGUGUGUGUCUGCGCGUGUGAAUUCUGUGUGCAGGUCUGAUUGACGCGCUCAGCCGCGCCAUCGUCGAGCGCAACAUGCUGGCGGCUGAGCUCAAGGUGAGCCAGGCGCCACUUCACCACACCAACGGCACUACACAAGCCCGUGUGUGACUCCCUCUCUCUCUCUUUUCACCCUCCCAUCUGUCUGUCUGUGCAGUACGAGAGUCGUGUGAACCCCGAGGCUGCCAAGGCGGUGGAGGCCACCUUCAUGCGCAUGAUGGCUCAGAAGCACGCAGCCGCACCCGUGGCCAAGACCACCAUCAAAACCACAAAGGUAAGGUACCCACACCCCCCCGCCCGUCUGCCCGCUCGCCACUCGCCACUCGCACUGAGCCAUUGAUGUGUCACGUGUAUGUGUAGGAGGAAGAGUUGACUGACGAGGAGUGGCAUGGCGACGAAGAGACCGCGGGCCGCAAGCGCCCCAGGCCCAAGCACCUCAGGGACACCACUGGCAGUGGGGGCCAGGGCGGGUCGCUGGCCGCAUCAUUGGCCAAGAAAAAGAAGACCAAGGCCAUGACGCUCCAGGUCAUGACGCAGCAGCAACGGGAUGGCCUCGGUGAGUUGCUGGGGCGGGCAGGGGGGAGGGAGGGGGAACAAGACACACACAACGGGGAGGAUAGAUGGAUAUAUAUGUGUGUGUGUGUGUGUGUGUGUCAGCUUCAAUAGAUGAGGGCGACUUGUUGGCGGAGAGUCUGCUCAUUCAGCUCAGACGGUGGCUGCGGGCGACAGGGGAGAGCAAAAAAGGUCGGCCUGACCGCACCCACUAACCACACAGGCAGAGUGUGUCACACUCAGCACCUCAUGCCCAUGUGUGUGUUCCCUCUCUGCUUGUAUGCGUCCUUCACACGACAGGUCAGUUUGGACUGUAUUGGCAGCGAGGCGUCAAGGGCUUCUCCACUGCCUUCCGUAUGGGCGACAAGCUGACCACGUCCGACCCCCAGUCGCCCCCCGACCUCAGCGAGAUCAACAUACGGAUCGCACUCAAGUCAGUCUCACACAAAAUGAGUGGAUAACGUGGCGCGUGUGUGACUGAUUGGGUGGCUGUCUGUGUGUCUGUGUGUCUGUGUGUCUGUCUGCAGGAAUGCCAUCCUCGAGCGCAACAUUUUGGCCCAGGGUCUGCCCAACAAGUCGUUCAUCCACCCGGAUUGUGUCGACCAGGUGCGAUCCACACACACUCGUGAACACCCUCAACUCACACAGAUAUCUACUCACGGAUGUCACCAUGCCAUGUGUGUUCUACGCCACUGCAGUUGUCGGGUGCGGUGGAGGUGACUCGCGAGCAGUUUCUUCUGCGCGAGAUGAAUGCCAGCAUGGGCAUCUCAGACGUGUCCGGCACCAGCAACCCGCCAUCCCCUGCCAUGCCAGCACUCAUGCAGCCCAGCCAGAAGGCCGCAGCCAAGACGCGCACCAGCUCGCGGAUGCCGCGGUCCACCACGCGACAUGCCACCGUCAUGCUCAACGCCGUCAUGGCCCACUACCAGGAGAACUUCCACCCACACGACCCGCUGCGCAUCCACUGGGACCCCACCUCACAGGCAAGGAUACAUACGUGGGUGUCUGUCAGGGGUCAGACCUGACGUGGUCAUUGGUGCUGUAUGUAUGGUGUUGUCGUGUGUUGUGUUGUGUUGUGUGCAGGGUUACCUUGUGGGCCCUGUUGAUGAUCCUGAGAACGAGGCGUUGCUGUUCACACCCAACGACGACGGAGACAAAAGCAGCCUAGAGGUGCGUUCGUGGGUGGGUCGGUGGCCUGACCACCCGUCUGACCACCAUCAAUGUGCUCAAAUCACUCUGUGUGUGUGUGUGUGUGUGUUCAGGAGGCUUUGAUCGAUGCGUUGCGUGCGGCGGGUGCGCCGGCCGGUCUGCUGGACAUCUUCCACAACGGGGUGCUCGACGACCUGCUGGCCGAGCCCGUCGCGGUCAAAGAGGAGGAGGAGGGCGGAAGGCGCGGCAGAGUCAAAAAGUAACCUUAUCCCUCACACACAGACACACAGAGACACACACAGACAGACGGCAGGAGUAAGGAAACCGGUGUGUGUGGUUGUGUGUUUGGUUGGCAUGGCAGGCACACGCCGGCGACAGGCAGCCGUGGCAAGUACGGUGCUGGGACGACCAGCGUGCACGUGCCCGUCAUGGCCGGCCGGGACUACAACAGCCACGCCUCUGCUUCCGCUACUGCUGCUGCCGCCAGUGAGUUGCCUGCAUCAAGUAGGGUCAGGGAGGGAUGCAUUGGUUUGUCGAUCUGUGUGUGUGCAGGUCGUUCGUCCAACGCCCCUGUGCCAGCGCCGUCCCACGACCGGGCGUACUGGAGCCAAGACUACGAACUCACACUCACUGGUACACACAGAGACACUGACAGACAGAGAGAGGGAGGGAGGUGAACGGGAUACGCGAGAACAACCUGUCUGUCUGUCUGUCUGCCUGUCUGUCUAUGAUCAGAGACGAUUCGUCACGCCAACGUGUUGCUGGACCAGCUGCGUUACACCAACGACAUGCCCAAGAAGAGCCUCCCGCAGCGGUCCACCGGGGUGGGCGGCGGGGCCAUACCCGGACUGGGCAUCUACUGGUCCAGGAACGAAUCGGCAUACAAGGUACACACACACACAGGGAGGCAGGGAGGAAUGUGAGUGAUGUGGACUGAGUGCGUGUGCGUGUGGUGUGGUGUCCAUUGGUCUGGUGGUUUGCAUUGCAGACGGUGUUUUUCCGUAGCGGCAAGCACUACUGGGGCAAGACGCUCUACGUCCGCCCUCCCUCGCCAAAGGCACUGCUCGAAGCUCUCGAGGUAAGCAGGUGCACAUUGCUUUGCCACACGCAUCCACAUACACGGGCGGUGUGCACACGGAUUUGUGUGUGUGUGUGGGCUAACUAAGGUCGCUGUUGACUGCCGGAACGAGCUGGCCCGCAACGUCGGCAUUGACCACUGCAUCUCAUUCGAAAUCUGCGAAAAGUACUGACUUACGCCCAACAGAGGCAGCAGCCACAGAUGAAGCGGAGGCACAUCACGUGUGUUGUGUAUGUGUGGGGUGGGUCGUUUCGUUCUUUGCUCAGGUACGGUGUUCCUCCCGACCCCUUCAAGAUGCAGCAGAGGAACCGCAUGAGAGCCAAACCCAAAGCCAAAGACAAAGACAAAGACACACCUGGUAGGGUACCUACCUGCACACAGCAUCGCACAGCAGACAAUGCACAGCUCAAACAAACGUUAACUGUGCUGUGUGCUGCCUCUGUUUUGUUUCUCUCUCUCUCUGUCAUCAGCGAUCAUUGUCCCCAGUGCGGCCAAGAAACGCGCCGCUGCCAAGGCAGAGAAGGCAAAGGAGCCCGGUAAAGUAGAUAAGAAGAUGACUACACAAGACGAGACUAUAGACGCCACAUCAAACCAAACCACACCGCAUACAUACACACCGAACGUGUGUUUCUCUCUCUCAGAGGAGGAGGAGUUGAAGGAGGCCAAGGGUGAGCACACGACGGUGGCCCAGGGCUUCCUCCUGCAGAUGCGCAUCGCGCUGCGGCUGGAGCGGCCCAACGCACGCUCAAACCUUGGCAUCUUCUGGCGACCCGACGAGGGGUUCGUCACGGCCUUCAAGGUCGACGACAAGGAGGCAGUGGGCAACACCUACCCACCCAAGAAACCCAUCACCAGUAGGAGAACAGAAAGGAAACGGGGGUCUGGCCUGCACGUGUGUGGUUCGUCCAAAUGUGUGUGUGGCAUGAUCUGAUUGUGUCAGUUCGUUCGCUGCGCAAGGCUUUGCGUGAGUCCAUCGACGAGCGCAAUCGGCUGGCCGAGAGCGUGCAGUCGUCUUCGAGACUCAACCCUGCCGUGGUCGAACAACUCAGCUCUGACACUCAGGUGCCUACACACAACCACACACACACACACACACAGACGGAGAACAAUCUUCUUUCUCUGUGUGUGAUGGAUGAACAUUCAUGAAUCAGGAUUUGGGCAAGGGUGCGAGCAUCAAGCACAUCCCGCUGCUGAAGGUGUGUCUGGACCCCUCCAGUGGCACCAGUGCCGACGGCGAGUCAGCAGACGGAUCCACAAUGAAAACUGAAGACGGUACAGACCACACACACACACACCCAUACACAGGACUAGAAACACAUAGAUAUCUCUCUGUGUCUUUCUUCGACUCUGAACACAACACAACAUACGUGCAGAUUCGCUGACGUUGUCAGCUUUGCGUUUGCUCGAGGAGGUCCGUGGCGAGUGGAAGCGGCAUCUCAAGGCACAGAUGGCGCCCACUGCCGACGCUGCAGCUCUCCCCCCCACUCCACACGUGCCCCUGGGGGUGGACUGGGACGUCAAGGAGCUCUCCUUCGUCGUCGACGGACACCACAAGCCGCACAGCGCCGCGGCGCUACUCGGUGCACAGCCAAGCGACCGGCCCACCCACCCUCUCAUCAAGCCGCCCACCCUGACCAAGGAGGGCGUCCAGGCGGCCUUGCGUGAGGCGUUGCGUGCCAAGCAUGUGCCCGAGCACAUCUUCGAGCGUGCGUUGGAGGCCUACAAGAAGCGGUGGGGCAGCCAGGAGUCACCGAGUGGCGGCAUAGCGGCAGCACCUGCUGGGCCCGCUGCUGGUGCUGGUACUGCCGGAGGGUCGCCGGGGAGCCGACGGGAGGGCAACGGGGCCAGCUCGGAUGCUACGCAGGUACAUGUAUCUAGCCACGGACAAAGAGGUGUCGGUCGGGGCGCUAGUGCACUGCACGUGUGUGUGUGGUUUGUGUGUGGUCACUUGGUUCAGGUGGGUGAUAUGAUGGGCGGCAUGCAUGCCGGCAGCGACACCAUCACCGUCAAGCAGGAGAUGCCGGACAACGUCCAGCAGGGUAACAAGAUGCACACACACCACACCAGCCGACACACAUCCUAUCCACGGCUGCCCUGCUCUGUGCGUGUGUGUGUAUGUAUGUGUGUGUGUUGGUUCAGACCCCAGUGUGAUGCCGAUGCCAGGGCCGGGUCAGCCCCAGCCACCGGCGGUGUUCCACCACCCGCCCCCACCAUUCUACCCUCCACACUUCCACAGCGGCGCUCCUCCACCCAUGCCAUUCCAGACUCUCUACCAGACCGCUCCACCACCUGGUAGGGUGGGUGACACAUUCAUCCACUCAUACACACACAGAGAGAGAGCUGACGGCGCCGUUUCUCAUCUCUCUUGGCUCUGUAUGUGUGUGUAUGUUUGCAACAGGCAUCCACUCGCCGGCUCAUGCGUUUGCGGCAGCAGCAGCUGCAGGGUACGCCCCGGUGCCGGCCUGGCCGCCGCCCUUCGGUGCUGGCGGUGCGGCCAUGGGGUACCCCUCACGGAUGCCCCACAUGCCGCCCAUCAAGAUGGAGGGAUUCGUCGCACCCGGCGCGCCCCCCUCCUCGACCACGCAAGGCCAGCAGAUGUGAAUCAAUCAACGGGGGUUGGGGUGGGUGUGCAGGGGGUGAGGGAUGGCUCGUGGGCGUGGCGUGCUGUAUUGCUUCCUGCGGGUGGUGGUGAUGUGAUGUGAGAUACUGCUUUGGGUGGUGGGUGAGGUGCGUCGGGCGAAUGGAAUGGGUGGCUGAAUGGGAUGGGUGGCUAGCAUAGAUGGAUAUAGGCGUGGGCUCGGCGCCUCUUUUUUCCUUGUUGUAUCCGAUAGAUCGGUCUGGGCGGUCGGGGUGAGUGGGUUGGUUGUGUGUCUGUGUGUGUAAUGUAUAUCAUGUCAUCUCGUGCGUGUGUAAACGUGGCAAUUGUGGUCUGUCUGUCGUCGGUCUGGCACCGCACCGUACCGUCUGUGUGUCUGUGUGUCUGUCUGUCCACCUCUCGCCUCACUCUCCCGGUGUGUCGGUAGUAGACAGAUGCGACAGCAUGCAUGGCAUGGCAUGGCGUGACUGCAAGACAGAAAGAGAUACGAUACUCAUGGACGGACGAUUGCCAAAUGCAGCGGGGGGGUGGCUUUGUGUUGCUUUGUCUUCUGGGCGGUUAGCAAACGAGCGAGAGAGAAUUCGGCCGAUAGAUGAGAUGUGGUGGUGCUUGGUGCGUUUUGACCUACCUGGCUGGCCGGGCCUCCAGAGUGGCUGGCCGUCAGAUUGUGUUCAGCCUGACCGUUGUUUUGUUUUCGCACCAACGCACACCACGUCGAUCCACAUCCCUCCGUUUGUCUAGUCUCUUCCCUUGGUCUGUCGGCUGAGCACCUACCUGCCUCUCUGCCUCUCUGCCUGCCUGCCCCUUGCCAGCAAUGCAGUAGCGAGAUCGGCACAAAACGCGCCUCCAAUGCAUCCAGAACAGAGAUUCUAUCCAGUCCAUUGUCCAUUCUACCCGUCUCCCCGUCUGCCUUCCUGCCUUGCCUUCCUUGCUGUGGUCCGCCUGUCUGCCUGUCUGUCUACCUGUCUGUCUGUCUGUGUAUCUAAACCAUGCCCUUCCGUGUACACAGUGAAGUCCUGGCUCUCUCCUCUGCUUCCUCUCACUGACCUAAGCGGCUGGGUGGCUGGCCGGGCGAGUGUGGGUAAGGGUGCGAGUGUGAAUGCGUGGAGGUGGAGGUGGGUUGGGGGCAAGGCAAGGUACACCAGACACCACACACUCAGACAGGCAGGCAGACAGGCCGACCGCCCAUUGAUUGCCCCGUGCAUUUGUCGUCUGUUCGUACCACAUGUGUGUGAGGGGAGGGAGUGUGGGUGCCUAGCAGACCGUGUGGGAGACCGAGUGCGUAACCGUACCUGUGUAUAAGAUUCGUAUUUUUGCCUGGCUGGCUGGCUGGCUGGCUCCUGGUUGUCUGUCUUGUCUAGUGUGUGCAUACGACUGCUGACGGACGGUGGCCGGGCUGGGGGCCGGGGGGGAAGGCGUGUGAAGGCGGGUUUUUCGUACCUACCUACCGAGACAUACACACACACACAGAUGCAGUGCAGCAAACACAAGGUGGAUUGGAGGACAAGGCACUUUUCAAGGCUGGGGAUGGGGUGGCUAAUGCGUACACGUAGACAACACAAUGACUGAUCUAAUCCAUGUAGCCUGUCUGUCUGGGGGAGGGAGGGACAGGUCGAUGCUCAGCCUGGCUCCGAUUGACACACGUGACGAGCCAAGCUAGCUGUCGGUCGCCCCCGCCUCUCACCCCUCUCUCUCUCUGUCUCUCACUGCGGGCGGGUCACUCACAGGCAGACACCCACGCACAUGAAGCUCGAUCUCUCUAUCCCUCUGUCUGGCUAGCACAUGGCUCUUUGGUCGUGAUGUCUAGGUCUAGGAGAAAUACCCACCUCCCUGGCGGAGCGGGCAAUAAGUAAGACCAUCCAUGAGUGCCUGUCGGCCUGCCUGUAUGCCUGCCUGCCUGCCUGCGUGACAAGCUCGCCGAGCCUGGUGUCUGUCUGUCUGGCUACCUCUGUUCCAUCCCGUUCAUCCCAUGGGUUUAUUCGGCCAUCUAAUGCGGUGGGUUUCUGACCCAUGGAGCGGAUCGAUCGGUAAUGGAACGGAGGGUGGAUGGGCACGACCUGCCGGCCCGGCUUGGCUGGUUGCGUGGGUGGGGGGCUGGCUGAUGUGUGCGUGUGUGUGUGUUUGGACUGGCUGCUUGGCUGACUGUGUGGCUGUUUGGAUGGCUGGAUGGAUGGAUGGAUGGACACACCACAUAGACACACCAUGUGCAAAGGACACUCUGAUCUAAUAAGCUCAUUACGGCGGC